ACGUAUAAAUAUCAAGACCAUGCUACUUCUACAGUUAUUAUAAAAUAUGAAGUUACUAGUGGUGUUACUUGUGGUGUGUGCAUUGACAAUAUGUCUUUGCGAAAGUGCUGUUCUCUACUCAGAUCCGAAAAUUAGAGACAAACGUGGUAUUAAACUUAAAAACAAAAAGACGCCCAUCCAAAGCUACGGUGGACAAGGUGGUCGCGGGAACGGCGGCUGCGGUUGUCAUGGAAACAACGGUGGUCACAUCAAUGGUGGUGGUUACGGCAGCGGCGGUGGUUACGGCGGAGGCGGUGGUUACGGCGGAGGCGGUGGUUCCGGAGGAGGUGGCGGUUACGGAGGAGGCAGUGGAUAUGGAUAUGGAAGCGGGGGUGGAUAUGGAAAGAAAUAAUGAACAAGACGGCGUUGAAGUUCGUUCCUUCAUGAAAAUUAUUGAACAUAGGUUAUUGAAUAUUAGCUGAUUUCUGAAAAUAUCAUAAAUAAUAUAAAAUGUACAACAUGUGUUUCUUUUGCAAGCAAGCAAGACAAACUACCUCGUAGAACACAAUACAUUUCAAUAACAGAUUCUAAGGUCAGAUGGCAGUUUGUACGAACCGUGACAAUAAUCGACUAUUCAGUCAUAAUAAAUCAAACGAAGCGACCGUAUUUAUUCGUAAAAUUUUGUAUAUGGGCAAAGACGCUUUCGUGUAAUCUCUAUUUACAGAUCGCGAUAUCAAUGGUUUUUAAGGCUACGUCCAAAACUUAGAUGACAGAGGCUUCGCUCAACGUAUAAAUAUUGCAAUUCAGCGAGGAAAUGCUGCGAGCAUCUUGUGCACUAUGCCCUCUUUAGACUUAGAUUUUUAGUUUUCUUUAUAAU